UGUAUAUUUUGUAGGUUGUAUUUUUAUAAUUUUUUCCUUAUGUAGAUUUUCCGUAUUUUAAGAAAACCGGACUGUAUUUCGCAAAAAUUAGAGUGUAACAUUUAUAUAGUGCAAUGGGUCUAAGUGGUGUUGGAGGUGGAUUGAAGGGUUUUGCUGCGGGCAGCAUUACGGGCGGCGUCGAAAUAUUGAUAACAUAUCCGACCGAGUAUGUAAAGACGAAUCUACAGCUAGAUCAGAUGGGAGAACACAAGAAGUAUAGUGGCGUACUGGAUUGUGUGCGAAAAACCGUUAAGGAAUAUGGCAUAUUUGGCAUGUAUCGAGGCUUAAGCCCUUUGAUAGUGGGUGGCAUACCGAAAAUGGCAGUGAGAUUUGGCACCUUCGAGUAUUUUAGCGAAAAGUUUAAGGAAGAAGAUGGCAGCGAGGCCCAUGUUUGGCGUUUCAUUGCUGGAAUGAUUGCGGGCAUAACAGAAGCAAUAUUUGUUGUGACGCCAAUGGAAACCAUCAAGGUGAAGUUCAUCAACGACUUGCGCAGUUCAGAGCCAAGAUUUAAGGGACUUGUGCAUGGAGUGACGCAGAUUAUAAAGAAUGAAGGUAUUGGUGGCAUUUACAGAGGUGCUACUGCAACAAUAAUUAAGCAGGGCUCCAAUCAAGCAAUACGCUCUUUUGUUUUAUAUUCUUUGAAGGAUUGGUAUACAGGGCGCGAUCCUAAGGCAACAGUGCCUCAUUUAUUGGUGGGCAUCUUUGGUGCUACAGCGGGUGGCACUUCGGUGUGCAUCGAUAAUCCCGUGGAUGUGGUAAAAACCCGCAUGCAGGGACUAGAGGCUGCCAAGUACAAGAACAGUCUUGACUGCUUCUUAACUACGAUGAAGGAAGAGGGACCACUCGCCUUCUAUAAAGGCACACUGCCACGCAUGACACGCGUCUGCCUGGAUGUGGGCCUGACGUUUAUGAUCUAUGACACUAUUAAAGAUUUGAUUAACAAAAGAUGGACGUAGUUUAUUGUGUACAACAAAUUGUAAUGAAUGUGUAAAUAAAUAAAAGAUUUA